CAAAGUUUGCUGCGUGCGCCGCGCCGAGGGGCGCCCGGGCCGCCGAAGCCGCACCUGGCUGCCGAGGAGCGCGGCGGCGGGGCGCGGGCGGCGGGGCCCGCGAUGCGAGGCGGCGCCCGGCAGCGCGCGCCCGGGUCCCGCAGGCGCCGCGGCCCCUCCUCGCCGGCGCGGCCGCUAAUUGCGAGCGCGGCCUCAUUUGCAUAGGCCGUCCGAGUCCGCUGGAGGCCGGCCAAUCGGCGCGGCCCUCGGCUAAUGGCCAUGCAUUAUUCACCAGCCUAAUUGCUCAGCCCCAUGCGCGGCCCGCGCAGCCGCCGCCGCCGCCCCGCGCCCCGCGCCCCGCGCCCGCCCGGCCGUCCCGCGACCGCCCCGCGCCAGCCCCGCCGCUGAUGCCGCUGAUGCCGCUGCCCCGCGCGGGGUCCCAGCGCCGCUAGCAGCAUGUCUCGGCGCAAGCAGGCCAAGCCCCAGCACCUCAAGUCGGACGAGGAGCUGCCGCCGCCGGACGGGGCUCCAGAGCAAGCCGCUGCGGGGGCCAGUGCCGUGGAUGGGGACAGCGGGGAUGAGAGCCGCAGUGGCAGUGAGGACAGCAACGUGUGUGCCAAGUGCUGUGCUGCCUUCUUCAAGUGGGCCGACUUUCUGGCCCACAGGAAGGCCUGCACACAGAACCCACUCGUGCUCAUCGUCGACGAGGAUGAGCCCGCCCCGGCCUCCGAUGAUGGCCCCGAGCCCUCGCCUGCCAGCUCGCCCAGCCAGCGCACCGACAGCGAGGGAGCUGCCGAGGAGGGCACGGUCACUGCUGCCGCAGAGGGCACUGAAGGCACAGAGGGCGGCGACAUGAAGUCCUCUGAGAAGACGGAGGAGCCCAUGGAUGCAGCACCCUCUGGGGACUGCAGCUUCCCAGUCUCCGGUACGCCCAAGGUACCCCUGGUGCAGGCCCCCGAGCCGGCAUCCACAGGCACCUAUGGCAUCCCCAGCACGAACGUGACCCUGGAGACCCUGCUGAGCACCAAGGUGGCUGUGGCACAGUUUUCGCAGGGGGCUCGUGCAGCAGGCGGUGCGGGCACGGGCGUGGGUGCUGUGGCCAUCCCCAUGAUCUUGGAGCAGCUUGUGGCCCUGCAGCAGCAGCAGAUACGCCAGCUGCAGCUCAUCGAGCAGAUCCGCAGCCAGGUGGUCCUGAUGCACCGCCAGCCCCCAAGGCCCGUACUGAACCCCACGGUGGCUGCGGCUGCCCCCACCCACGGGGCGCCCUCGUCCACCCCAGGGCCCAGCCCGCUGCAGGGGCUGGCGCCGACGCCAGCCCUGCAGCUCCCGGGCACCUCAGGCCCUGCUCCCAUGGGUGCGCCCUCUGCCUUUGAGGGUACUGCACUCCUGCAGCAGCAGCCUGCACCCCCUGCCGGGGCCCCCGCUGUGCCAGCCGAGUCCAGCGCACCCUCCACCUCCGGCCCCACGCCGGCCUCGGCUGGGUCCACAGCGUCUAGCGCCUCACAGCCGCAGAACACCUGCACGCCGCUCGGUCCUGGGCCCCUCGUGGGUGCUGCGUCCCUGCCCAGUGCACUUCUACCUCAGUCCUCUUCCAGCAGCGUCAUCUUCCCCAACCCACUGGUCAGCAUCGCGGCCACCGCCAACGCCCUGGACCCGCUUUCGGCACUCCUGAAGCACCAUAAGGGCAAGCCACCCAACGUGUCUGUGUUCGAGCCCAAGGCCAGUGCCGAGGACCCCUUCUUCAAGCACAAGUGCCGCUUCUGCGCCAAGGUCUUCGGCAGUGACAGCGCCCUGCAGAUCCACCUGCGCUCACACACGGGCGAGCGGCCCUUCAAGUGCAACAUCUGCGGGAACCGCUUCUCCACCAAAGGCAACCUCAAGGUGCACUUCCAGCGGCACAAGGAGAAGUACCCACACAUCCAGAUGAACCCCUACCCCGUGCCCGAGUACCUCGACAAUGUGCCCACCUGCUCGGGCAUUCCCUAUGGCAUGUCAUUGCCCCCUGAGAAGCCCGUGACCACCUGGCUGGACAGCAAGCCUGUGCUGCCCACCGUGCCCACCUCUGUGGGGUUGCAGCUCCCGCCCACAGUCCCUGGCACCCACAGCUUUGCUGAGUCCCCCAGUGUCACCCCUGGCAGCCGCUCGCCACAGCGGCCCUCCCCGGCCUCCAGUGAGUGCACCUCCCUGUCCCCUGGGCUGAGUCACGCUGAGGUGGGCAUCCCCACGACGACCACGGCAGUGGCCACUGAGUCCCCCCAGCCGCUCCUCAGUGGGACUUCUCUAAGUAAGAGUGAGCCAACCAGCCUGGGCUUGCCCGGCCCUGGUGCCAGGGCAGGAGACCCCGCAGCAGCCGGCACAGACGGGGUCGGCAGCGGUGUGUCCUGCAGCCUGGGCAGCCCAGGCCUCCCCCCUGUGGCCGAGCAGUUCAAGGCACAGUUCCCCUUCGGGGGCCUGCUGGACUCCAUGCAGACGUCGGAGACCUCCAAGCUGCAGCAGCUGGUGGAGAACAUCGACAAGAAGAUGACCGACCCCAACCAAUGCGUCAUCUGCCACCGUGUGCUGAGCUGUCAGAGCGCGCUCAAGAUGCACUACCGGACGCACACGGGCGAGCGGCCCUUCAAGUGCAAGAUCUGCGGCCGCGCCUUCACCACCAAGGGCAACCUCAAGACCCACUUCGGGGUGCACCGAGCCAAGCCGCCGCUGCGAGUGCAGCACUCGUGCCCCAUCUGCCAGAAGAAGUUCACGAACGCGGUGGUGCUGCAGCAGCACAUCCGCAUGCACAUGGGCGGCCAGAUCCCCAACACGCCGCCGCCCGACGGCCUGCAGGACGCCAUGGACACCGAGCUGGCCGCCGGGGCCCUGAGCGGCUACGACGACGACAUGGACGACAACUCCAUGGAGGAGGACGCUGAGCUCAAGGAGGCGGCCGGCGGCGAUGUAGCCAAGCCGCUGCUGGGCCUCGCCAGCUCCUGCCCACCCUCACCACCCUCCGUCAUCUCCAGCAUCGCCGCCCUGGAGAACCAGAUGAAGAUGAUGGACUCUGUCAUGAGCUGCCCACCGCUGGCCGGCCUGAAGGCUGCGGAGAACGGCUCCGGGGACAGCGACCGGCUGAGCAACGACUCCUCCUCCUCGGCCGUGGGUGACCUGGAGAGCCCGGCACCGUCCGAGUCCUCAUCCUCCCGGGCGCCGUCCCCGACCCACAGCCACGGCGAGAGUUUCCGCUCCAAGUCCCCCGGCCUCUGCAGCCAGGAGGAGCCGCAGGACAUCCCGCUCAAGACGGAGCGGCCAGACAGCACCCCGCCCCCGCUGCCUCCCCUGUCCACCCCCGGGAAUGGUGGCGGCGCCCUGGACCUGACCGGCCCCCCGGGCCGGCCGGCCAUCAAGGAGGAGCCCCCCUUCAGCCUGCUGUUCCUGAGCCGCGAGCGGGGUAAGUGUGCCGGCGCGGUGUGCGGGAUCUGUGGCAAGCCCUUUGCUUGCAAGAGCGCGUUGGAAGUCCACCACCGCAGCCACACAAAGGAGCGCCCGUUCGUGUGCGCCGUCUGCAGGCGCGGGUGCUCGACCCUGGGGAACCUGAAGCAGCACUUACUGACGCACAGGUUGAGGGAGAUACCUUCUCAGGUGUGUGACCCCGACUUUGCUCUAGGUCCCAGCCAAAGCACGCCUAGCCUGGUCGCCAGUGCCACACCCGCCAUGAUCAAAAUGGAGAUGAAUGGCCACUCCAAGGCCAUCCCCCUGGGCGAAGGUCCACCACUGACCGGAGUCCAGGUCCCUGGAGGGCCCCCGACAGCUGUGAGCCCAGGCCUGACACCCAUGCUCGCCCCCCCACCACGCCGGACACCCAAGCAGCACAAUUGCCAGUCGUGCGGGAAGACCUUCUCCUCAGCCAGCGCCUUGCAGAUCCAUGAGCGCACGCACACUGGCGAGAAGCCCUUUGGCUGCACCAUCUGCGGCCGGGCCUUCACCACCAAGGGCAACCUCAAGGUGCACAUGGGAACACACAUGUGGAACAACGCCCCUGCAAGGCGCGGCCGCCGCCUGUCAGUGGAGAACCCUAUGGCCCUCCUGGGCAGCGAUGCCCUCAAGUUCUCCGAGAUGUUUCAGAAAGACCUGGCAGCCCGAGCCAUGAACGUGGACGCUAGCUUUUGGAACCAGUACGCCGCCGCCAUCACCAACGGGCUGGCCAUGAAGAAUAACGAGAUCUCCGUGAUCCAGAACGGCGGCAUCCCCCAGCUCCCAGUAAGUCUCGGUGGAAGCGCCAUCCCCCCGCUGGGCACUGUGGCUGGCAGCAUGGACAAGACACGCACUGGUGGCAGCCCGCCCAUGGUGAGCCUGGACAAAACGAGCCCUGAGACGGGGGCCGGCCGCCCCUUUGCGAGGCUCAUUGAGGACAACAAGGAGAUUGGCAUAAACUAGCCGGAUGCACCGUGGCUCGGUCUGUCCCUGCCGCCCCCCACAACCCACCCUCAGUCCGAAGCUGGAGCCGUCGUGCCUGGGUUCUCAUGGUAGAAAACGCUCCCCUGGGGAACCCUGCCAGCUCUUAUGUACAUUUCCGUCAAGGCCGGAGGGCCCUCACACGGCCGAGAGGGGGUUCCCAGGGCGUAGCUGCCCCGAACGGACCUGAGUGCGCUGUUGGCGCUCCCGCCUCUGCAGGGGCCGAGGACCCGCGGGCUGCGGCUGCGCCUUCAUCCAUAGUAUUUAUAAUGUUAAGAUUACGCGGGUAUCUGGCACUGUAAUAGCUCCAGUCUGAGAUGAGCUUUUGUAUAGCAGAAUACAUCUGGCUAUGUCAUUUUUUUUAAGCGAGAUUUGUUUUUCCUAUGAAUAAGUGGAUUAUCUCAGUGCAGGCAAACUUGUGAAGUUUCGUUGGGAAAGAUAGCAUGCCUUUUGUGUGCAAGCACCUAUCGGUAACAAGCUCCCCCCCUUGUUUUUGGUUUUUGACUUCAGUGUCUGUAGCUGCUAUGUGGACACUUGGACACUUGUUCUCGGGUGUGGUCUGUAGCCCAGUGAAUGGGGGACAGUCACAGACACACGGCACCAUGAGCCGCUGUGACAUCUCACGUGAUCAAAGCUGUACAAUAAAAAGUAAUGUUUGUAUA